GACAUCAAUGAAUUGGUCUGUGAGAAUACCAGCUACAUAUGUGUGUGUAAUGUAUGCAUGUUUAACAGCUGCAUAAAGAAGUCAUACCUGUAGUUAGAGCAAGACCUAAAACCUUGAAUUUUGUGGGAUGAAGGAAGGUUAGCACAGCAGGAAUGAGAGUGUGUAGCCAAGUGUAAUGGAAGUACAUGCAAGUUUAAUGUGAUGUGUAUGCGCACUAUUUAUCUUUCAGAACAAAAGAUCUGUAAUGUACUCUGCCACAUGCCACUAGAGGCUUUUUCCCAUCCCACAUGUUUGUGCAUUGCAGGUAUACAAAGCUCGGAUAUGCCGGUAAUACUGAACCCCAGUUCAUUAUUCCUUCAUGUAUUGCUAUCAAAGAAUCAGCAAAAGUGGUCGACCAAGCACAAAGGAGGGUUUUGAAAGGUGUUGAUGAUUUAGACUUCUUUAUCGGGGAUGAAGCAAUAGAAAAACCAACUUAUGCAACCAAGUGGCCCAUCCGCCAUGGUAUAGUUGAAGAUUGGGACUUGAUGGAGAGGUUUAUGGAGCAAGUAAUCUUUAAGUAUCUAAGAGCAGAACCUGAGGAUCAUUAUUUUCUUUUGACUGAGCCUCCAUUAAAUACUCCAGAAAACAGAGAAUAUACUGCUGAAAUCAUGUUUGAGUCUUUUAAUGUUCCAGGGCUAUAUAUUGCUGUUCAGGCUGUGCUUGCCUUAGCUGCAUCUUGGACGUCAAGACAAGUAGGAGAACGAACACUGACUGGCACAGUUAUAGACAGUGGUGAUGGUGUCACUCAUGUUAUUCCUGUGGCUGAAGGAUACGUGAUUGGCAGCUGUAUCAAACACAUUCCAAUUGCUGGGAGAGAUAUAACGUACUUCAUCCAGCAGUUGCUGAGGGAGCGAGAAGUAGGAAUUCCUCCUGAACAAUCCUUGGAAACAGCUAAAGCAGUGAAGGAACGCUUUAGUUAUGUUUGUCCUGACUUAGUAAAAGAAUUUAACAAGUAUGACACAGAUGGUACAAAGUGGAUUAAACAGUAUACUGGAAUUAAUGCUAUAUCAAAGAAAGAAUUUACCAUUGAUGUUGGCUAUGAGAGAUUCCUGGGCCCAGAGAUUUUCUUCCAUCCUGAGUUUGCUAAUCCUGACUUCACGCAACCAAUCUCAGAAGUAGUAGAUGAAGUUAUUCAGAAUUGUCCCAUUGAUGUUAGACGUCCCCUGUAUAAGAAUAUUGUCCUCUCCGGAGGCUCAACCAUGUUCAGGGACUUUGGUCGUCGUUUACAGCGAGACUUGAAAAGAACUGUUGAUGCCAGACUGAAACUUAGUGAAGAACUUAGUGGUGGCAGACUGAAGCCUAAGCCCAUUGAUGUACAAGUCAUCACGCACCAUAUGCAAAGAUACGCUGUUUGGUUUGGAGGGUCAAUGCUGGCUUCCACACCUGAAUUCUACCAAGUAUGCCAUACCAAAAAAGAUUAUGAAGAGAUUGGUCCUAGCAUCUGUCGUCACAACCCUGUGUUUGGAGUUAUGUCUUAAAACUGACUUCAGAGGGGUCAGGGGUAGGGAGGUGGUGAGGAGGAGGAGUCUUUCUGAUUACUUGUUUGUCUGAUGGCUGGUAUUAAAAUAACAAACAUGACUUGACAAUAAGAAAAAGACCAAACACAAUUAAGCAGGAUUAUUUUAAUAAGUGUCUCAAUAUGCGGAUGUAGUGGAAAGCCAAAAUGAUCAUGUUUUUUCUUUAGAUUGAUUAUUUGAACCUGUGCGUAACAAAAAAGAAAGUGGAUUUUAGUUCUUUUUGUGCCCUGAUAUUUUGUAUAUUAAUGAACUAUCCAAGAUUUGAUGGGAUUUGAUGGUGUGUAGAUAGUCAGCUCUCUAAUGCUUCCAUUGUACCCUUUCAUGGGUGCAAUGCAGGAGCUUGUUUAUAUUUCAUACUUUUUUAUACUUUGAGGAAAAAUAUGAAUUAAACUGUAAUAUUUGAGGAAAAAAAUUUACCAGUGACCAACUUGAAAGUAAAUUAAAAAAAAAAAAAAACAAACAGAAAAGUCAUGACUCAUGCAACUAGUUCUUGCAAAUCAUGACCAGUCUAAAUCCUGGGUUCCAUACAGUGCAAGUGCUUUUGGAACUAAGAAGCUAGUAUCUUGGAUUAACCGAUGCCUGCUAGUGCUUUCUGAUUACUUGGUGCAUUUUCAUACUAUUUCUUGCUUUAAAAAAAAAAAAAAAGAAAGUAAAGACAAGACUUUUGGACCAGUAUUGCAGUUCUGUAGUGUCAUUUCUAAUUAAACCAAAUAAUCAGGUUAUCAAAAUUGGUGUAUUUAAAGCCUAACACCAUUCCAAUAAAGGCACAAAAUUUCUUUUUA